UCAUAUUCUUAAUGAAAUCAUUUUAAGAAACAUAAAAGGAAUAAAAUAAUCAUGUGAAUUUGUUGACAGGAUCUAAACUUGAACUAAACUUAAGGUCUUACUUAUGUAAAACAAUUGACUAAAGAUGCUCACAGACAUGAUAGAAUAUGAAUUUGAUAUUAAAGAAGAAGAACCACGGUAUGACCAUCAAGAUCUGGAACAUGAUCUUCAUUUGGCUGCUGAAUUGGGUAAAAAUGUACUGGAGCGGAACAGAGAUUUAGAAAAGGGACUUCAACAGAUGUACGCCACCAACCAGGAGCAGCUACAGGAAAUAGAGUAUCUAUCCAAACAGGUGGAUUUACUGCGGUCAGUGAAUGAUCAGCAUGCUAAUGUGUACGAGCAGCUGGACAAUUCUGCACGAGACCUGGAGCAGACAAACCAAAGACUGGUCCUGGAGAACCGUGCUGCCCAUCUCAAAAUUUAUGGGCUCACAGAGACUGUGGAAGUGUUGCAGACUCAUGUGGAGGAGCUCCAGGGAAAUGUGAAAGAGCUGAAGUCGGUUUCUGCUGAGCAGACCAGGCCCAGUGCACAGCCAUGUAACGAUCAGGGUCUCACAUGCUACAAAAAGCAGUGCCAAUUACAAAAGCUCUGUUCCCAUGAGCACACCUUCUCUGCCAGCUGUUCUUCUCUGAAGGAGGAGGAGCACUUGGACCUCCUGCGCUCCGUGCAUUCCCUGCAGGCCCAGCUGAGCACAGAGCGUGCUCUGAGAGAGGCCGCAGAGCAUGAAGCUGAUGCUCUGGCACGCGAGCUUAGUGAACUAGAGCCAAAACUGGCACUACUGGGUGGCUACCAGGACCGCAUAGCUGAAAUGGAGACUGAAGUCAAGGAGCUCCGACUUCUUUUGCGCUCUAGCACCCACACCAUCCUGCCAGACACAGUGUUCUUCUCCUCAGAGGACGAAGUGGGCAUGGUCAAACGUAGGAGGUGUGGUUUAAAGCGCUGUUGCAGUGAGAGGCAGUUGUGUAACCCUGUCUGCGAGGAGGGAGGAGCAAUAGACAGUGUCCGCGAGAAUGGGCGGUGCUGUUUUCAACAAGUCGAGGAGGCGAAGCAUCACAGCAUCUCAUUUCUAAAGGAGGUGGAUGCCCAAUACACCGCCCUGCAGGAGAAAUACAACAUGCUACUGCGUCAUAGUGAAACAGGAAUGUUGCCACAGAACCAUAAAGCUGUGCAGACACCACCUGCCAGUUCCAACAAAAUGCACACACACUCCCAGAGUGUAAGCACACAUGACGAUACCCAGCUGCCUAAGUAUAAAGCCUUGUUCCAUGAGAUUUUCGCCUUUAUUCAAAAGAGCAAAAAGGACAUGAAGGAAAACAGGAUCAAGCCCAGUCAGGCUGGAUGAGUCACCACUUUGCGUCUUCUGGAGUUUUUCCAGCCAGUGUGCUAUAGUUGAACCUGGAUUCACUGCCAAAGGGUGUUAGGCUGACUGGAGUAAUUCAUUAGCAAGCUGACUGCCUGAACUUGUAGAGACCUUAAAGGUGUGAUACAGCAUGAUAACACACCUGAAAACACAUCUGCUGUUAUCUGCACUCAGUGAAUUGUACAUAAUAUCCUAUGACUAUUUACUGUAGCCAGCACUUUUGUAAAUGCAAGUUGUAAAUGCUUUUAAUGUUGAAAACAAAAAGCUGCUUCUGUAAACUUAAAAGUACUGUAAGUGAUUUAUGAAUCAAACAUUAAAUCUUUGUGUAUUUUUAUAG